GUGAAAUUAGUUGAGAUAUGCGAUAGCGAAAAUGGCGAAAAGCAACGGCAUUUUUCGAUAUGCUGAUCGAUCGGACAAGUUGCUCAUGUUCUUCGGGACGCUAGGCAGCAUUGGAGAUGGCCUGCAGGUCCCUCUCACGAUGUAUGUUCUCAGCGACGUCAUCAAUCAAUACGGCCUCGUUAGUAAAGAGCGUGGCGUCGCAAUCUCCAUGGAUUCCGUAAACCAGUAUGCGUUGAAGCUUUUCUACGUGGCCAUUGGAGUCGGGCUGUCUGCGUUCGUAGAAGGAUUAUGUUGGGCAAGAACAGCAGAGAGGCAGAGUUCCCGGAUGAGAUUGGAGUAUCUAAAAUCGGUGCUCAAGCAAGAAGUAGGCUUCUUCGACUCCCAAGCAGCUGACACGUCGACAACGUUCCAAGUCGUGACCACAAUAUCAGCAGACUCCAACACAAUCCAAACCACAAUUGGAGAGAAGAUACCUGACUGCCUGGCAUACAUGUCAUCCUUCUUCUUCUGCCUCGCCUUCGCCUUCUCCCUCUCGUGGAAGCUCACCCUGGCGGCCAUACCGUUCACCAUAAUGUUCAUAGUCCCGGCGCUUGGGUUUGGGAAAAUGAUGAUGGACGUGGCAAUUGAGGGAAUAGGGUCGUACGCGGUGGCAGGAGGCAUAGCAGAGCAGGCAAUUUCAUCCAUCCGGACAGUUUACUCGUAUGUAGCAGAGAACCAAACCCUCGAAAACUUCAGCAGCGUCCUGCAAAAGACAAUGGAGCUCGGGGUGAAGCAGGGGUUCGCGAGAGGGCUGAUGAUGGGGAGCAUGGGAGUCAUCUACAUCAGCUGGGGGUUUCAAGCCUGGAUCGGCUCCAUCCUCGUCAGCAAGAAAGGCGAAAAGGGCGGAGAUGUCUUUGUAGCUGGAUUCAAUGUCUUAAUGGGAGGAUUAAACAUUCUGACUGCUCUACCAAACCUGACGGCCAUAACAGAGGCGAGAUCUGCAGCGACACGUAUCACAGAGAUGAUAGACCGCGAGCCGGCCAUAGACACGGAGGACAAGAAGGGGAAGGCUCUGUCAUACGUGAGAGGCGAGAUUCAAUUCAAAGGGGUGUAUUUCAACUACCCUUCGAGGCCGGAUACUCCCAUCCUGCAAGGGCUAGACCUCACGGUUCCAGCGGGUGGAACCGUGGGCCUAGUUGGGGGGAGCGGGUCGGGGAAGUCCACCAUCAUCUCACUUCUUCAACGAUUCUAUGAUCCAAUGGAAGGCGAGAUUCUUCUGGAUGGAUACAAAAUAAACAAGCUCCAUCUCAAGUGGCUCAGAUCACAAAUGGGGCUGGUGAAUCAGGAGCCAGUCCUGUUUGCAACAUCAAUCAAAGAGAACAUUUUGUUUGGCGAAGAAGGUGCAUCGAUGGAGGAUGUGGAGAAGGCCGCUAUGGCUGCAAAUGCCCAUGACUUCAUCGUUAAGCUUCCGGAUGCAUACGAAACACAGGUUGGGCAGUUUGGAGUUCAGUUAUCAGGCGGGCAGAAGCAGCGGAUAGCGAUAGCCCGAGCGCUGAUAAGGAAUCCGAAGAUACUGCUGCUCGACGAAGCCACUAGCGCCCUUGAUACAGAGUCGGAGCGAAUAGUCCAGAUGGCCAUAGAGCAGGCAUCAAAGGGAAGAACAGCCAUCGUCGUAGCCCACCGUCUCUCCACCAUCAGGAUGGCUACCCUCAUCACUGUGCUCAACUCAGGCAGAGUCGUGGAAUCCGGCUCACACGAUGAGCUCAUGCAGAUCAACGGUGGCCACUACGCUAACAUGGUGGAGCUCCAGCUAUCAGCAUUAGCAUCAGGAGACAAUGGAGGAGCCUACACUCCCAGAGGGAAGAAUCAUCUGAGAGCAAUGAUUCCAUCUAGCCCAAUAAGUGUGGUGUCGAGCCCACGAACUCCGUCCAUGAACCCAAUCAGUCCAUUCUCCAUGAGCGCGCCUUACUCAAUCCAAUACGAGGCUGCCUAUGACAGCGAUGAUGAUUAUGCACAAAACUCAACCUACACUGCUCCUACACAGCUGCGUCUGCUGAAGCUGAACGAGCCGGAGUGGGGGAGAGCCCUGCUCGGGUGCCUAGGCGCGAUAGGCUCGGGAGCUGUCCAGCCCAUCAACGCGUACUGCGUAGGAGGACUCAUAUCAGUCUAUUUCCGACCGGAAAAAUCCAGCAUCACACCUCACGCCAGAAUCUAUUCCUACAUAUUCCUAGGCCUAGGCUUCUUCAACUUCUUCACAAACCUCAUCCAGCACUACAACUUUGCAAUAAUGGGAGAGAGACUCACCAAGAGAGUCCGAGAGAUGCUGCUGAAGAAGCUGCUGACAUUCGAGAUCGGAUGGUUCGAUCAGGACGAGAACACGAGCGCGGCCAUAUCAGCGCGGCUCUCAACAGAGGCCAACAUGGUCAAGUCCCUGGUGGGAGACCGCAUGUCCCUGCUUUCUCAGGCCGUGUUUGGGGCCACAUUCGCCUACAUCCUCGGCCUCGUCCUCACAUGGAGGCUCGCCCUCGUCAUGAUGGCGGCUCAGCCACUCCUCAUCGGGAGCUUCUACGCGAGGAGCGUCCUCACCAAGGCCAUGUCACAAAAAAUACAAACAGCACAGAAGGAAGGAAGCCAGCUCGCAAGCGAAGCAGUUAUAAACCACAGAACCAUAACCGCCUUCUCCUCCCAGAAACGGAUCGUCUCCCUCUUCCGAGCCACACUAGACGGUCCAAAAAAGGAAAGCAUCCGACAGUCAUGGUUUGCCGGAGUUGGCCUUUGCAGCUCCCAGUUUUUGGCAGCAGCUUCAACCGCUUUAGCCUACUGGUACGGCGGGAAGCUGCUGUCACAACAUGAAAUAACUCCAGAGAAGUUGUUUCAAGCAUUCUUAGCCCUCCUUUUCACUGCGUACACAAUCGCAGAAGCGGGGAGCAUGACCAACGACAUCUCCAGAGGCAGCAGCGCAGUCGGAUCAGUGUUUGCGAUCCUGGACAGGCAGAGCCAGAUAGAGCCGGACAACACGUACAACAAGGACGAUGUGAGGAAGGGUAUAAGGGGGCGGGUGGAGCUGAAAAAGGUGGUGUUCGCCUACCCUUCGCGGCCGGAGCAGUUGAUUUUGAAGGGGCUGAGCCUGAAGAUCAACGCAGGGACUACAGUUGCAUUGGUGGGGCAGAGUGGUUCGGGGAAAUCAACCAUAAUAUCUCUUAUAGAGAGAUUCUAUGAUCCCAUGAAUGGAUCAGUGUGGAUAGAUGAUAAGGAUAUAAGGGACUACAAUGUGAGGGCAUUGAGAUCGCACAUUGCGUUAGUGAGCCAGGAGCCAACUCUGUUUGCAGGAACCAUAUACGAGAACAUUGCGUAUGGGGAGACGAGUGCAAGGGAAUCGGAGAUCAGAAAGGCUGCAAUGAUGGCUAAUGCACAUGAGUUUAUAAGUGGAAUGAAAGAUGGAUAUGAAACAUACUGUGGAGAGAGAGGGGCGCAGCUGUCGGGAGGGCAAAAGCAGAGGAUAGCACUAGCACGAGCGAUCCUCAAGGACCCGGCCAUCCUGCUGCUAGACGAGGCGACAAGUGCUCUGGACAGCGUGUCUGAGAGCUUGGUGCAGGAGGCGCUGGAGAAGAUGAUGGUUGGCCGGACAUGCAUAGUGGUGGCUCAUCGCCUCUCGACCAUACACAAGGCCAACUCCAUUGCUGUCAUCAAGGAUGGGAAGCUCGUCGAGCAAGGCUCCCAUUCUGAUCUAAUGGCUAUGGGAAACCGCAGCUCCUACUUUUCCUUGCUUAAACCAUCCUCCGAUUCCAAAAAAAUAGAUGAUGCGCCGAACCGGAGCAGUACCAAGACGCAUUUCGUCUUGUGGAAAGAAGCCUUACUCGACUCAGCUUAAAUAUUACGG